GCCGGGGGCGCCGGGGGCGGGGCCUCGCGCGAGCUGUAGCGGCGGCCAGGCUGGGUCCGAGCAUCCUGCGGCUCUGGACCCGCCCGGCCCGGACAUGGCGACCGUCCGGGCCUCCGUGAGAGGGGCGCUGCUGCUGCUGCUGCUGCUGGCCGUGGCGGGGGUCGCCGAGGUAUCAGGGGGACUGGCCCCGGGCAGUGCGGGUGCAUUGUGUUGUAGUCAUUCAAAGGAUAACCAAAUGUGCCGCGAUGUAUGUGAACAGAUUUUUUCCUCUAAAAGUGAAUCUCGAUUAAAACAUCUGUUGCAAAGAGCCCCAGAUUAUUGCCCAGAAACAAUGGUUGAAAUUUGGAGUUGCAUGAAUUCAUCUUUGCCAGGUGUGUUUAAGAAGUCUGAUGGCUGGGUUGGCUUAGGCUGCUGUGAACUGGCGAUUGCCUUGGAGUGUCGACAGGCAUGCAAGCAGGCAUCUUCAAAGAAUGAUAUUUCCAAAGUUUGCAGAAAAGAAUAUGAGAAUGCUCUUUUCAGUUGCAUUAGCAGAAAUGAAAUGGGCUCGGUUUGUUGCAGUUAUGCAGGUCAUCACACAAACUGCCGAGAAUACUGUCAAGCCAUUUUUCGAACAGACUCUUCUCCUGGUCCAUCUCAGAUCAAAGCAGUGGAAAAUUAUUGUGCUUCCAUCAGUCCACAAUUAAUACACUGUGUGAACAAUUAUACCCAGUCUUAUCCAAUGAGGAACCCAACAGAUAGUUUAUAUUGCUGUGACAGAGCUGAAGACCAUGCUUGCCAAAAUGCCUGCAAGAGAAUUCUGAUGUCUAAGAAAACAGAAAUGGAGAUUGUUGAUGGUCUCAUCGAGGGCUGUAAGACCCAGCCCUUGCCUCAAGAUCCUCUUUGGCAGUGUUUUCUUGAAAGCUCACAGUCUGUUCACCCUGGAGUCACUGUACACCCUCCUCCCUCUACUGGCCUUGAUGGGGCUAAAUUGCAUUGUUGUUCUAAAGCAAACACUUCAACGUGUAGGGAACUCUGCACUAAACUUUAUAGCAUGAGCUGGGGCAAUACACAGAGUUGGCAAGAGUUUGAUCGUUUUUGUGAAUAUAAUCCAGUGGAAGUGUCCAUGUUGACCUGUUUAGCAGAUGUCCGGGAACCUUGCCAGUUGGGCUGUAGAAACCUUACUUACUGUACUAAUUUUAACAACAGGCCAACAGAACUUUUCAGGAGUUGUAAUGCUCAAUCGGAUCAAGGAGCCAUGAAUGACAUGAAGCUGUGGGAGAAAGGAAGCAUAAAGAUGCCGUUUAUCAACAUACCUGUUCUUGAUAUUAAAAAGUGCCAGCCAGAAAUGUGGAAAGCAAUAGCAUGUUCACUGCAAAUAAAACCUUGUCAUAGUAAAUCCCGGGGAAGUAUUAUUUGCAAGUCAGAUUGUGUGGAGAUUCUCAAAACAUGUGGAGACCAGAACAGAUUUCCUGAAGACCACACAGCUGAAAGUAUCUGUGAGCUUCUGUCACCUACAGAUGACCUGGAGAAUUGUAUACCUUUGGAUACAUACCUCAGGCCAAGUACUUUAGGUAACAUCAUUGAAGAAGUGACCCAUCCUUGUAAUCCAAAUCCUUGCCCUGCCAAUGAGCUCUGUGAAGUGAACCGGAAAGGAUGUCCAUCUGGAGAUCCCUGUCUUCCUUACUCUUGUGUUCAAGGUUGCAAAUUGGGAGAAGCUUCUGAUUUCAUUGUCCGUCAAGGGACACUAAUCCAGGUGCCAUCAUCUGCAGGGGAAGUUGGUUGUUAUAAAAUCUGUUCAUGUGGACAAAGUGGACUUUUAGAAAACUGUAUGGAGAUGCACUGUAUAGACCUGCAGAAGUCCUGUAUUGUUGGAGGAAAAAGAAAAAGUCAUGGAACGUCCUUUAGUAUCGACUGCAAUGUCUGUUCUUGUUUUGCUGGCAGUUUGGUAUGUUUUACCCGCCUCUGCCUCAGCGAGCACAGUUCAGAAGAUGACCGCCGUACCUUCACAGGUCUGCCAUGUAACUGUGCAGAUCAGUUUGUGCCGGUGUGUGGACAGAAUGGACGCACUUACCCCAGUGCCUGCAUUGCUCGCUGUGUGGGUCUCCAAGACCAUCAGUUCGAGUUUGGAUCAUGCAUCUCAAAGGAUCCAUGUAAUCCUAAUCCCUGUCCAAAAACCCAAAGGUGCGUACCCAAGCCACAAGUCUGCCUGACAACUUUUGACAAGUUUGGAUGUAGCCAAUAUGAGUGUGUGCCAAGACAGCUUGCCUGUGACCAGGUCCGCGAUCCCGUUUGUGACACUGACCACAUGGAACACAACAAUCUCUGCACUUUAUACCAAAGAGGAAAAAGCCUCUCUUAUAAAGGCCCAUGCCAGCCCUUCUGCAGAGCCACAGAACCCAUCUGCGGGCACAACGGAGAGACCUAUAGCAGCGUGUGUGCCGCCUACUCAGAUCGUGUGGCAGUUGAUUACCAUGGGCCCUGCCAGGCUGUCGGGGUCCUCUCAGAACACAGUUCUGUGGCUGAGUGUGCUGCUGUGAAAUGUCCUUUGCUCUCAGCGACUGGGUGUAAACCCAUCAUCCCACCCGGUGCUUGUUGCCCACUAUGUGCUGGGAUGUUAAGAGUUUUAUUUGACAAAGAAAAACUGGAUACCAUCGCUAAGGUAACAAAUAAGAAGCCAAUAACAAUUCUGGAAAUACUUCAGAAAAUCCGCAUGCACGUGUCUGUCCCACAGUGUGAUGUAUUUGGGUAUUUCAGCAUUGAAUCGGAAAUCGUGAUCCUGAUCAUCCCUGUCGAUCACCACCCAAAAGCUCUGCAGAUUGAAGCCUGCAAUAAAGAAGCAGAGAAGAUCGAAUCUCUUAUCAACUCUGACAGCCCUACCCUGGCAUCCCACGUCCCUCUCUCUGCCCUCAUCAUCUCCCAGGUGCAGAUCUCUAGCAGUGUGCCAUCAGCUGCUGUCAGGGCUUGGCUUUCCCGCCGUUCCAUCCUUCUCCUCCUGCUCAGCCUGGGCCUCACCUCAUGCUUGCUCCGGACACAUAACUGAAUGCCCACAAAGGAGCAAAAGGUUCCUUGACCUACUUUUCCAUUUUGUAAAAGACAUUCAGGACUAUUGGUUUAUAGUUGAAUAGUGGCCAAGGAAAACCACACGUCACCUCUAUUCACCACACAGUGUUUGUUUUUUUUAUCUGCCAAUAUGAGUAGAGUUUUAUUGUUUUAUUUUUACAAAUGUUAAAAUACAUUCUCCCAAAUACUCAUAAAAAGAAGAUAUCUAUUGCUGGUGGAUUGCUACUUUAUGAUUUACAUUCAAAGCAAAUUUCUUGUCAGUGAUAAAUGAGAUGAUCACUUUUUAGAAAGAUAACUCACUUUACUAUCAGGUUUAUAUCAGAGAAACUUCAUUUCAGAGUUCCUUUAAGUAUUAAGGUUCCCUUUGUGUUUGUUUUUGUUUACAGAUAAUUAUCUACUCUACCUAGAAGCUAGGGGGUCUUAGUGAAGAGACACUACUAUUAGAGUAUGAAAUCAAGAUAAACUAUCUUUGAAGUUAUCAUGUAAAUCAUCAGGCAAAUUUACAGUAAAUUACAGAAGUUUAAUUCAGGACCCCAUAUUUUGUGUUAAGCAAAAGCAAGCUGAUUUAAUGGCACUCAGAUAAUUGUAUGUUGUAACAGUCUCAGUGGUCACUGAUUUGUGUCUGUGACUUUUGUGAAAGGGAGAGGUUACAUCGCAUCAAGGCAUCUUGCAUUAUGCAGUUUUUAUAUUAGCCAGAUGUCUAUUCUUCAGUAUUCAUCCGAGUUAAAUUUAGAGUUUUUAAGCAUCAAUCUUUAAACCAAUUGCUGCUACUUAUAUAAUUGCCAAAAAGUGAAAUAAUUAGUAGUUCAUGUAAAUAAUACAUGAUAUUUCUAUUUUAUUAUGAAGAAGGUGAAUAGCCAUAUUUGUAAAAUGACAAUCAUGUGUGUUAACCCAGGACUUUCUGUUCAUGAAAACACAUUUGCUUUUUGUGAUAUGCACAAUGUAGAUAAAUGUUCUGUCUUUCUUUUUUGAUAUAGAAUUAUAAAGAAUUGUGGUUUAUAUAUUUUUAAAUGUGAAGUAUUAAAAUGUUUGCAUGUUGUCUAAGAAAUUGAAUAUUUUGAAUGUGUUUCACAGUUUGGAAUAAGCUAUUCGAUGUAAUACUUCUUGUUUGUGUGCACCCAAACGUAGAUUUCACAUGAAGUAUUUUUUCAGUAUUAUAUGUACCCUCUGAAAUACAUAGGGAUAUACUUAUUAUGCCAAAAUGUUGUUGAAAAGUGGGCACUUAAAGCUUUCAGAUUAUCUCAGUGCUGAUGUAGCAUGUUUGUUGCAAUUGCUUCUUUUCUGUAUAAAUGUCUUCAAUGCAAUAUACUGGAAAGCUUUUCUAUUUUAAUAAAAAUAAUUUUAUAUGAU